AUGGCAUGGUUUGUUUGGAUGGCAAGAAAUAAGCUGAAAUUUGAUGAGGUCCAUUGGGAUGCAAAUGCCAUUGCCACACACUGUUACAGCUAUUUACAGAAACUGCACUACCAUAGGAAACUCCCUGACAUCCUAUCCACAUCUUCCCUCCUUGGUACAAGAAAACUUCAAACUAUCCUAGUUCACUGGAAUUGUCCUCCUAUGGGUUGGGUCAAAUUCAAUACUGAUGGUAGCAUCAUGUCUCUUAAUGCUGGCUUUCGAGGGGUUUUCAGAAAUACUAGAGGUGAAUGCCUACUAUAUUUUCAGUCUCCUGCCAUAGCGGAAGAUCCUCUGGAAGUUGAAGCCCAAGCUAUUUUUUGGGAUGUUUUCUUGGUCAUAAAAUACAGGUGGAAUCUCUUAAUGGUGGAAACUGACUCUAUGAUCUUUUCAAUACUGAUGGUAGCAUCAUGUCUCUUAAUGCUGGCUUUCGAGGGGUUUUCAGAAAUACUAGAGGUGAAUGCCUACUAUAUUUUCAGUCUCCUGCCAUAG